AUGUUUGCGAAGGAUGAGACGGGGAAGUCUCGUGCAAGUGGCCUGCACCAAGUCAAUACCGACGGCGAUGGUGACGUUGUCUUCAUAGGGUGUUAUAAGUACGACGGGAAAACGAUGCUGGUUUCCGAAUAUGCACAAGUCUCUCUAAGGCAGACUAUCGCUAUUCCGUAUGAUUUCGAGAAAACUCAUGUCUCUAAAGUUUGCAGUUAG